AUGCGCGAGCGCUGGGUCACUUGUUUGCGGCAUGAAAUCGAAAACUACAAAAAUGACGAAGGCACCAUUCAACCGCGCCCGCCGUCACGAUUCGACUUGGUUGAGUGGGUAAACGAAGUAUGGGAGGCCCUUCCGAAGGCUACAAUCGUCUGUGGGUUUGUCAAAUGCAACUUGAUCGAUGUCGAGAAGAACGUACCCAGCGAAGCAGUUCAAAGCGCCAACGACAACCGCCAAGCAACCUAUGACAUUGCCUCGCUCCUGCAACAAUUGGACACCCAUGAU